UACAGUCCCAACUCAGACAAGCACCACCACGGAAGGAGCUGUUACCUAGCCUUGGGGCUUGGAUCAUCUGACUCCUCAUUGAGCUCACAUGCUAGUUAUUCCAAAGCAGGGGAUGUUUUCAGUGCACAGUAAAAGCCCUCUGAAGUGAGGCCAGAGCCAGAACUCCCCAGGGAGGACAAGCAGCAUUGCACAGCCAUGGAUUCAAACAAACAAGAAGGAGAAACUGAAAAUGUGCCAGUGAGUAACCCUGCAACACAGAUUUCUCAGUUGCAGGCACUGGCCUCUGAACUAAAAACUGGUUUCACUGAAGCAAUGCAGGAACUUUCAAGAAUUCAGCAUGGAGAGUAUGCUCUGGAGGAGAAGGUUAAGAGCUGUCACUGCACAAUGGAAGAGAAAGUGUCAGAAAUGAAGAAUUCGCUGAACUCUUUCAAGGAGGAGCUCAGUGAUGCCAAGUCGAAGAUUGAAGUGAUCAGUGCCAAGCAAGAGGAAAUGCAACAGAAAAUUGAACAGCUGCAACAAGAGAAACGUAGGGAAUCCCGGAAAGUGAAAACUAAAAGAACACAAAAGGAUGAACACGGGUCACAAACGGUGCCUACUCCUCUACAAGGCAGUCCGUUCCGAUCGAUAAAUCUCCCGGAACCUGUACUGAUUAAUGAAGAUUUUACAAGUCUUUUGCACCAUGCAACCUAUGAGAGAGUCUCUGAUACCCGAUCCAUGGCAGCUGGAGAAGGAAAUGUGAAAAUAGUGUCAGGCACUGGCGGGAGCAGUGCAAAUCCAGAGACAGAAGAAAGCCUCAAGCCUUCCUUGCCAGCUGACAUUCAGCCAAAGGGUCACCCCACAUCGACUGUGUGGAAGCAGCCCAAGGACAGUAAAGAGUGGGGUGAUGAAUAUAUUUCUAAGGAGCACCCAGACAGAGUGAAGGAAACAGGCCAAAGCAGAUACACCUCAGUGGACAAUGUCUUAUGUGAAACUUCUUUCGCUGCCAAAAGACAGAGCAUUGCUUUGGAGCUGCUCGAGUCCGAGAGGAAAUAUGUCAUCAACCUGUCCCUGAUCCUGAAGAUCAAAGCCACAUUGCAAGGCUCAGACAUGAAGAGGAACACCAAGGAGAGAAGUUUCUUCCCCGGUUCUUUACGAUACCUGGUCCAGCAGCAUGUAGACUUACUUCACACACUGCAAGAGAGGGUGCUGAGUUGGCCACGUCCAGGAAUCCUGGGAGACAUAUUCCUGAAGUUAACAAAUGAUGAGAACAAUUUUCUGGACUACUACAUUGCUUACUUGAGGGACCUGCCGGAAUGCAUCUCACUGAUCCACGUGGUGAUUCUGAAGGAGGUGGAAGAAGAAAUUAAGUCUGACCUCUACAUGCUGUUCUUUCACAUAGUCCAGCGUAUCCCCGAAUACCUUAUUCACUUACAGAACAUCCUGAAGUACACCGAGCAAGAGCACCCCGAUUACUACCUGCUCCUGGUAUGUGUGCAGCGCUUCCGCAUUUUUAUCUCGCACUACAGCCUGCUAUUACAGUGCAAUGAAGACCUGCUCAUACAGAAACGGAAAAAGCUGAAGAAGUCGUCCCUGGUUAAGUUAUACAAAGGUCUGGCUUCUCAGUGUGCCAGUGCCAGCCAGGAGGUUUCUCAAACACCCAGCACAACAGCCGUCCGAGACAGCGGGAUCCACUCCGAAGAGGUGAUGCAGCCGUUCCCAGCAGCCCCCUCUUCCAGCACAACAGCCACGAUGGGCAAAGCUGUACGUAGUCGGGUGACUCGCCUGAGCCACUGCCUGUGUCGCCGCGGCUGCACUGCUAUUUUUGGUGCUGUCUCCAGCAGCUUAGCGCAUGUACAUCGAUCCGAGCGGGGAAUCACACUUCCCAGCUGCAGGCAUUUGGUGUCACAGAUGAAGAAGAACCAGCCUGCAAUGAUGGAGAACAUCCAGGCUGGGAAGCCAUCAGACUGGGAAACGGAGGCUAGAAAACACGAAAGGCCAGAAAAUAUCCUUGCUUCGUCUCAGUUCCCCGAGCAGGAGCUAAAGGCCAUGUCCAUCCCUUUGCAAGCGAUCCCGGAGAUGGAAUAUGAAACUCCCCCAGCCGAUCCAAUGGGAAAUGCUGAGAGAUCUGUCAGGACCUCAAUGGAGCUGCUCCAGGAUGCUAGAAGCUUUGCUCCAAACUAUGAAGAGCUGGACUAUGGGAGGGAAGUUUUCACCCUGCCAGGUCCCUACGAGGACGAGACCUUUCAAAAUCUGGCUCUUUUUGAGAACUGCUCCCCGGCCUCCUCUGAAUCCAGCCUAGAUAUUUGCUUUUUAAGGCCUGUUAGCUUUACAGUGGAACCAGACAGGACAGAUCACUCGUCGCAGCCGCUGCCCAAAAGCAGCAGUGCUUACAAACAGGAGGCGUUUCACAGCAAAGGCAAGCAGCUGAGCAGGUCCCUGAAGGAGUUCCCCAGGAGCACUGAGGUCAUGAGCACGAGACUCUACAGCACCCGGAGCAGCAGCAGUAGCCAGCUGCAGCACAAGCAGGAGAGAAGCAUGCAGCCUCACCUGAUCUCUGCAUCAUCUAGAAGCUCCCAAAGGAGCUACUUCCCCCCACCAAGAGGGCUGGGGGAGAAACAGAGCUUUUUGGAAGAGCUACAUGCAGAAGACAACACCAGGUUCUGCCAGAAGGAUGACAACGAACAAACAUCCUUCAGCGAGCACAACCCGCGGCAGGAACCCAAAGGGGGCUUCCGGAGCUCCUUCCGCAAGCUCUUCAAAAAGAAAUGA